UCCUGUCAGUCAAUAGUGUAGUAUGGAUAGAAGAAGCAGCGAUACUGUUGCUCGUAAUCCUAACCGUGACCAACUCACAGGAGAGAGUAGGAACUCAUGGAGGAGAUCUUUUGAUACAGAAAGUGAAGCUAGUGGCCAUGCAUCUCGUGAAGGGAGAGAAUUAGUAGAUCAGCCCCAACAAAAUCCCUCAUCUUCAGAAUAUCAAUCGCCUCUGGUGUUUGUUGAGAGUCUAGUAGUUAGACCUGACCUGACUUUCAAGAUACUGAUAGUUGGGAAUCCUUACGUUGGGAAAUCUUGUUUUCUGAUGAGAUUGUGUACUGGAACUUUUACAGCAAGAUAUGCAUCAACCAUUGGAGUUGACUUUUACAGUCGUUUGAUAAAACACGAGGAUCAAAUCAUAUCAUUACAACUGUGGGACACAGCAGGACAGGAAAGAUUUCAGUCAGUAACCCGUGCCUAUUACCGUGGUGCUCAUGGAGUUAUUCUGAUGUAUGAUGUAACUUCAGAGGAUUCAUUUGUUGCCGUUAAAUCAUGGAUUAAUUCCAUCAGAGAAAAUAUGCAAGGGUUACCUCCAGCUUUACUCUUAGUUGGCAACAAAGUUGAUUUGGAUGACUACAGUAAAAGAGAAGUACCUUUUGAUACAGGAGAAACAUUUGCUAAAAUCUAUAAAGCUAAUUUCAUUGAAACGAGUGCCAAAACUGGCUUUAAUGUUGGCCAUGCUUGCUUGUCACUUGUAAAUUUAUUGGUUGAAGACUGCAAUGAUCAAACAAUUUCAUCUCAAGGAGGCUACUCUCCACUCCCCAAGAAACAGAAAUCAUGUUGUUCACAUUAAUUCAUUUUUAAUUCAUUAUUAAAACAUAAUCGAGUGGGAAGUAUGGGUGUGGUUUUAAAAUGGAUUCAGCGAGUGAGAUUGAGGGCCUCACUAAAGCUGUCAAGGAUGCAGUUGCUGCUGCACAUAAAGAGAUGGAGCUGUCAUCAGUCGAGGAAUACACCACAACUGGAAAUACUCUAAAGAAUCUAUUUUUAUUUCGACAUUAUGCCAACUGUUACAAUAGGAGGUUUGGAGUUGAGGACAGAGAAGGAUUGAGGAAGCUGAUACACGAAAGCAAAGAUGACUUAGUGUUACAAGAAAAGCACCAACGUCUUGAAGAAGUAGAAUCUGAGCACUCUUCACUUAUUGAUAAGAUCAAUGAUGAAAUGUCGUCAGUUUAUUUGAGUGCGUCUGUUCCACCUGGUCACGUGGUACAGCAGGAAAUUAUGUUGUUUAGCUGUAAAGACAAUAGUUAUAUUGAUAUCAGCUCAUUAUUAAAGGGACACCUGUUCACGUUAUUCAUAUUAAUAAGACACUUUGGAUGACUGGGAUGACUGGAUCAUAUCAGUGACGUUCACAAAAGGAUGGAUGAGUUCAGUGAAGCAUCGUGUAAUGUUGUAGCUAUAGCUACUGGUAAUAGGGAGAAUGCUUUUACUUGGAUUAAAAAACACAAUGUCCCUGUACCAUUGUUCAUUGAUGAUGAAAAGUUUCUUUACAAUUGUUUUGGUCUUGGUAGACGAUGCACUCUGCUUGGGCUACACAUGAUUGAUCGCUAUGCUACUAAAGUAAUAAAAAAUGAUCCAAUACCACCUGCUUAUAGUGGAGACGACUUGUUCUUGAUGGGAGGAGAUUUCAUUUUGAAUGAAAGAAGAGAAGUUGUCUAUCAAUUUGCUACUGAAGAGAAUGAGAGGCCAACAAUUGAUGAAUUGUUAUCAUCAAUUAAUAAUUAAAUAACAAAUAUUAACUGCUAAAACAUUUCGUGAAGGAUUGUCUGUAAACCAAUUAAAGGACAGACGAUUCUGAUGUUUUGUAAUGUUCUAGUUUUUAAUAAACUGUUGCUGUAUAGUUAAAAGCAGAGAUAUGAAGAAGGCAAACAUUUCUGUCUAUGGAAAA